CAUUGACAAAUCACCAAUGGCGACAGAAGAAAAAACUUUAACAUGUCAGCAAAACAACACGGAGGGGGAGUGAACUUUAGGACACCAGCAGUCAUAUUCCUGAAGAAACAUUACAGUAUCUUCCAUCUAAUUGAGUGCGGUUACAGUUCAGCCGAAAGCUGUCUGGUAUGCUCCUAGCAAUCCAGUAGAUGUCCACCCCUUCAGACACGUCAGGUGGUAUGUCCCAUCCUGGCCCUUCUCCGGGGGCAGGUCUAUCCCCAGGGCCCAUCUUGGGUCCGAGCCCUGGACCGGACCCCUCACCAGGCUCUGUUCACAGUAUGAUGGGACCCAGUCCUGGACCUGGAACACCCAACGCACCUCAUGGCAUGCAGGGCCAGGGACAAAGUGAAUACUCUCAGGAUGGCAUGUAUCCUAUGCACAAGACCAUGGAGGGGAUGAAUGAGAAGACCAUGGCAGAUGCGAUGCAUUUUGGUCACAUGAAAGGUGUGGGGAUGAGAUCUCUGCAUAGUGGUAUGGGGCCUCCACAGAGUCCGAUGGACCAGCACAGCCAAGGAUACAUAUCCCCACAUCCAUCCCCCAUGGGUGUCCAUGAGCAUGCUUCUAGUCCCAUGUCAGGAGGUGGAGGUGGUGGGGGACCCACACCGCCCCACAUGCCUCCAUCCCAGUCAGUCCCCAUGAUGCCCAUGGAUCCCCAGUCAGCCGUGCCAAACAUGUCCAACAUGAGCCAGCAGGGUCGGGGACCUUCUGCUUUCAGUCCGAUCCAGCUGCAGCAGCUCAGAGCUCAGAUCUUGGCCUACAAGAUCCUAGGCCGUGGGCAGCCCCUGCCUGAAAACCUCCAACUGGCUGUUCAGGGCAAGAGGAGUCUACCCACAAUGCAACAGCAGCAGCAACAACAACAGCAGCAGCAGGCACCUAGUGCUAGUCCUUACAACAGGCCUCCAGGUAUGCCAAUGGCUACUUUGGGUGGUCCCCAGUCAAGUCCCUGCCCUACCCCAACCAUGCAAGGACACAAUCAAAGCACAGGACCCAAGCCUUGGUCUGAUGGUCAGGGUGGUGAAAAUCAAGCCAACGCUCAGAAGCACCUCACCCCUGUCGCCAGCGGACGCCCGUCCCCUGUACCACCUCAGGCCUCGGCUGUGCCAGCUGGGCCCAUGCCGGGCAGCUCGGUGACCCCUCAGCCUCCCGGGCAGCAGGUUUCCCCCAUGCUCCAGAUGCAGAAACAGAAUCGCAUCACACCAAUCCAGAAGCCCCAGGGCCUGGACCCAGUGGGGAUCCUGCAAGAGAGAGAGUACAGGUUGCAGGCUCGGAUUGCACAUCGAAUCCAGGAACUGGAAAGUUUGCCAGGCUCUCUCCCCCCCGACCUGAGGACUAAAGCCACAGUGGAGCUCAAGGCCCUUCGUCUACUCAACUUCCAGCGGCAGCUGAGACAGGACGUUGUGGCGUGUAUGAGGCGAGACACGACCCUGGAGACGGCCCUCAACUCGAAGGCUUACAGACGCAGCAAGCGGCAGACGCUGCGGGAGGCACGCAUGACUGAGAAGCUGGAGAAACAGCAGAAGCUCGAGCAGGAGAAGAAGCGCAGACAGAAACAUCAGGAAUAUCUCAACAGUAUCCUUCAGCAUGCGAAAGACUUCAAAGAGUAUCACCGCUCGAUAUCCGGUAAACAGCAGAAACUCACCAGAGCUAUCGCCACCUGGCACACCAACACCGAGCGGGAACAGAAGAAGGAGACUGAGAGAAUUGAGAAGGAGAGGAUGAGGAGACUCAUGGCUGAAGAUGAGGAAGGCUACCGAAAACUAAUUGACCAAAAGAAAGAUAAGCGUCUGGCCUACUUGCUGCAGCAGACAGAUGAAUACGUGGCCAACCUCACCACCCUGGUGCACGAACACAAAGCUGCCCAAGCUGCCAAGGACAAGAAGAAGAAGAAGAAGAAAAAGAAGAAGGUGGAUGGAGAUGGUGAAGGCACCAGCGCCAUUGGACCUGAUGGAGAGCCCAUUGAUGAGAGCAGUCAGAUGAGUGAGCUGCCAGUCAAAGUCAUUCAGACGGAGACUGGGAAAGUUUUGCAGGGAACAGAUGCUCCCAAGUCCAGCCAGCUGGAGGCCUGGCUCGAGAUGAACCCUGGGUAUGAAGUUGCCCCGCGGUCGGACAGCGAGGAGAGCAGCUCAGAGUAUGAGGAGGAGGAGGAAGAGGUGUUGACCAAGGCAGAAGUGGAGGACAAGACGAUAAUCGAUUCCAUUGAAGCGCACAUUAUCAAGGUUGUCAAGCAGGAUGUGGAUGAUGAGUACAGUGUUGAUGCUGGACAAACCAGCUCCGCGUCUUACUAUGGUGUGGCCCAUGCUGUCAUUGAGAGGGUGGAGAAGCAGUCGGCGUUGCUGAUCAACGGCCAACUCAAACAUUACCAGGUCCAGGGGCUGGAGUGGAUGGUGUCCCUGUACAACAACAAUCUAAACGGCAUCCUGGCUGAUGAAAUGGGCCUCGGCAAAACCAUCCAAACCAUUGCCCUUAUUACCUACCUGAUGGAGCACAAGAGGAUCAACGGCCCCUUUCUCAUCAUCGUUCCUCUCUCGACAUUGUCUAACUGGGUCUAUGAACUUGACAAGUGGUCACCCUCUGUGGUCAAAAUUGCUUACAAGGGCACCCCCGUGUUACGCCGUGGGCUUGUGCCUCAGCUCCGCAGCGGGAAGUUCAACGUCUUGCUGACCACCUAUGAAUACAUCAUCAAGGACAAAAACAUACUGGCCAAGAUUCGUUGGAAGUACAUGAUUGUGGACGAGGGUCACCGCAUGAAGAACCACCACUGUAAGCUGACCCAGGUGCUGAACACUCACUAUGUGGCUCCCCGCCGCCUCCUCCUCACUGGUACGCCGCUGCAGAACAAGCUGCCCGAGCUGUGGGCCCUGCUCAACUUCCUCCUGCCCACCAUCUUCAAGAGCUGCAGCACCUUCGAGCAGUGGUUCAACGCCCCCUUCGCCAUGACAGGAGAGAGGGUCGACCUCAAUGAGGAGGAGACCAUCCUGAUUAUCCGCCGUUUGCAUAAAGUUCUCCGCCCCUUCCUGCUACGCAGACUGAAGAAAGAGGUGGAGUCUCAGCUGCCAGAGAAGGUGGAGUAUGUCGUGAAGUGUGACAUGUCUGCGAUACAGAAGGUUUUGUACCGCCACAUGCAGAGAGGCAUCCUCCUCACAGACGGCUCAGAGAAAGACAAGAAGGGCAAAGGAGGAUCAAAGACCCUGAUGAACACCAUCAUGCAGCUGAAGAAGAUCUGCAACCAUCCAUACAUGUUCUCGCACAUUGAGGAAUCUUUUGCUGAACACCUGGGCUUUCCAAGCGGCGUCAUCAGUGGGCUGGAUCUGUAUCGAGCUUCUGGGAAGUUCGAGCUGCUGGAUCGCAUCCUGCCGAAGCUGCAGGCCACCAACCACAGAGUCCUACUGUUCUGCCAAAUGACCACUCUCAUGACAAUCAUGGAGGACUACUUCAGCUACCGCAACUUUCUGUAUCUACGUCUCGACGGAACCACGAAGUCUGAUGACCGAGCGCUCCUGCUGAAGAAAUUUAAUGAGGAAGGAUCUGUGUACUUCAUCUUCCUGCUCAGUACCAGAGCCGGUGGCCUCGGCCUCAACCUGCAGGCUGCAGACACCGUCGUCAUCUUUGACAGCGACUGGAACCCACACCAGGACCUUCAGGCUCAGGACCGGGCUCACCGCAUCGGUCAGACGAACGAGGUGCGCGUGCUUCGUCUCUGCACCGUCAACAGUGUGGAGGAGAAAAUCUUGGCAGCUGCCAAAUAUAAACUCAACGUGGAUCAGAAGGUCAUCCAGGCGGGCAUGUUUGACCAGAAGUCCUCCAGCCACGAACGCCGUGCCUUCCUCCAGGCCAUUUUAGAGACUGAGGAGCAGAAUGAGGAAGAAGACGAGAUCCCCGAUGAUGAAACCCUCAACCAGAUGAUCGCCCGCAAUGAAGAUGAAUUUGAGCUCUUCAUGCGCAUGGACAUGGACCGACGCCGGGAGGACGCCAGGAACCCGAAGCGUAAGCCUCGUCUCAUGGAGGAGGACGAGUUGCCUUCUUGGAUCAUCAGAGACGAAGCUGAGGUCGAGCGGCUCACGUACGAAGAGGAGUCGGAGAAGAUGUUUGGCCGAGGAUCACGAUGUCGCCGGGACGUGGACUACAGUGACACGCUGACUGAAAAACAGUGGCUGCGGGCCGUUGAGGAUGGUAACCUGGAAGAGAUGGAGGAGGAGAUCCGGCUGAAAAAGCGCAAACGCAAGAGACGCCAGGACAAGGACUCGUCGAGCAGAGAAGAUGGGGGCUCCAAGGGCAAGAAGAAACGUGGGCGUCCACCAGCUGAGAAACACUCUCCCAACCCCCCCAAACUCACCAAGCAGAUGAACACCAUCAUCGACACAGUCAUCAACUACAGAGAUGGGUCAGGAAGACAACUAAGCGAGGUCUUUGUCCAGUUACCAUCCAGGAAGGAGCUCCCAGAAUAUUACGAGCUGAUCAGAAAACCUGUGGACUUCAAAAAGAUCAAGGACCGUGUGAGAAACCAUAAAUACCGGGGUGUGGGAGACCUGGAGAGGGAUGUGAUGCUGCUUUGUCACAACGCUCAGACCUUCAACCUGGAGGGAUCCCAGAUAUACGAGGACUCCAUUGUCCUUCAGUCUGUUUUCAAGAGUGCCAGGCAGAAGAUAGCCAAGGAGGAAGAGAGUGAAGAUGACAGCGAUGAAGAUGAUGAUGACGAUGAUGAUUCGGAGGCUGAGGCCAAGUCUGUGCGGGUGAAGAUCAAGCUGAGUAAGGAGGCGCGCAGCCACGACAAAGGCAAGAAGAAGCAGAGCCGAGGGAAGGCCAAGCCGGUGGUCAGCGACGACGACAGCGACGACGACCUGGAUGAUAAUGAUCAGUCAGACAAAAGCGACGAUGACUGAGAACAAGAGGAGAUAGCACUUAUAAACACAAAGGACAGUAUCUUCCAUCACCGUUGUUCAGGUUCAUACUCUGUAUUUUUUUAAUUUUUACUUCAUUUGUCCUCUUUGUUUGUCUGUAGUGUGUUUCGUCGCACCUUCUCCUACCAGCUUGGAAAUGUAUUACUAAUAACCGAUAAGCUACAGCAAUACCAAUCUGCUUAUAUUCCUGUUUUUAAGACAAUUUUUUAGUAUAUUUUUUAACUCUGUGCUUUAAAAGCUGAUUUAAAUUCUAUAUGAAAAAAGGAAGAAAAAAAAAGAUUUGGUCAUGCUAUACGUGCUUUUGCUUGAUUUGUACUUGCUUGCUUGCACUUUUAGAAAAUUAAAUAUUAAUAUCAAAAUUUAAAAAAUGUGUAACAAAAACAAACAUAUAUAUAGAUAGAAUUUGGAGAACCACUAAUU